AUGGGCGACACUACAGAUUCGUUUACCUACUUGGAAACACCAGAUGACGCGCAGUGGUCGCAGAAUGCUUUUCAAUACGCCGUCCAAGUCUGGCUUCCCUCCGUGUUCCGGGACGUGGAGAUACUAGAUGCAACAUUGGCAUCUUCUGCUUCAACACAGGCCACGAUCGAACGCAUUGUCCAAGGCUGUCUCGCCAACAGGAUGCAUAUGUUCUCGUUGCUUGCAGCCAGCACUGCCUUCCAGAAAUACGUCUUGAGACUGCAGAACUACAGACAUGACACUCCAGAAUAUUGUAUGGGCAAAGCGCUACAAUAUCUACGGCACCACUUGGCGAGUAACCCGGAAGUAGAUGAACUCCUUAUCUUCGACCUCGAGACACUUGCAGCCUUCGAGAGAUACGUGGGUAAUUUCCAAGGAGCUAGAACCCAUCUUGUCAUGGUCCAGCAUCUGGUGCGAUCCUUGGGCGACCUUGGAAGGCUCCAACCAUCUAUGCGGCCGCUGUGCUGGCUAUGGGAUUUGGCAGUGGCUGGAGGACUAGGAGAACCUCCUUUGCUGCCUCUUUUGUGGGAUCAUGGCUCCCUCCCCGGCGAACAAAUGGUGGGCGCUAUUCUCCCCGAUUUGUCUCGGGCCGGGAUUGCACCCAGUGGCUCAGCCUUGCUCCGAUAUACGAACAUAGUCCAUCCGGUACUCUCAGAUAUUAUUGUCGACACUGUUCAGUGGUUUCAUGUACAACAGCACCAUCAUGUUCACAACUAUGCUCGAUCGCCCACCCAAAGCUGGGCAUCACGACAAGUAUACACCCUGGUCCAUCGUCUUCUUUCGUGGUCCGCAGAUCCUGCUGACGCGUCACACCAGGAGAUUCUGUACCACGCAAUUGCCGAGAGUAUCAAACAGGCUCUUCUGGUUGUCAUUUCAGACAUCGAAAGGGCCCCGAAUGGGAAUGCCAGGACGGACGCAGUAUCCAUGUCAGACCCGACAAUGUUUUCAUGGUCAAAUAUCGGCCGGCUUCGAGCACAGCUUCUGCCAAUUUACAAUAAUCAAACUUGGACCGAGCAGGAUGAGGAAAUUGUGCUGUGGAUGGUAUGCUUGGGAGUGCAACACGCCACAGACGCCCAAGACCGAGACUGGUUUGGUAGUUUUGCUGCUCGGCUCACGCGCAGGAGAGAUAUCACCAGAGACGAUAUGAUACAGUUGAUGGCUCGAUAUCUGCACCGUUGCGAGUCUACAGGACGACCUGACAUCGACGGACUGCAGACCGCGUUGGCGCAAUGA